AAGCACCUUACGCGUAUGUUACGACUACUGUUACGACCAUCCAUUAUCAGCUGCUCUCGCGCUUCCAGAAGAUUGCGACAAAAUGAGGAAGGUCCUAUACGCAAAUACUAUAUCAUCCUGCACCGUCAGGUCCAAACUUCCAUACUUGCUCAAGUACCCUCCCUUUUUCAACUCGUCAUUGAAAAUAUCUUAUCUCCUUCACUGCCAUGUUGACACUCACUGACAUUACCUGGCUAGACAUUGGUCUUGCUGGCGUCGGCGUGUAUCUCGUAAAGCAGGUAUUCACCCAGAAGAAUCCCGCACCAUACCCCCCUGGUCCCCCCGGCCGUCCUCUCAUCGGGAAUAUUCCAGACAUGCCUCAGGUCAAGCCUUGGCUCACCUUCACUGAGUGGGGCAAGAAAUAUGGCGACAUCUCACAUGUCGAGGUUCUGGGUCAGCACGUCAUAGUUCUGAACUCUGUCAAGGCUGCGGUGGAAAUGCUGGAAAAGAAGAGCUCCGUCUACUCUGAUCGUCCUGUUCUACCUAUGGGCGGUGAACUCGUUGGCUGGAAGAACACUCUCGUUCUUCUCCCUUAUGGUGACAGGCUACGCGAGUACCGGAGAAACUUCCAUCACGUCAUUGGUAGUCGCGCCGCCAUGGACAUAUACCAACCAAUCGAGGAAAUAGAGACUCAUCGAUUCCUGCAGCGUGUACUUGCGAAACCGGACCAACUCCAGGCACACGUGCGGCAUACCGCUGGCGCCAUCAUUCUGCGUAUCUCUCAUGGCUAUGAAGUCAAGGAGCACAACGACCCUUUCGUCGACCUUGCGGACCUUGCUGUAGAUCAAUUCUCCAAAUCCACCGCUACUGGUGCCUGGAUGGUUGACAUCAUCCCAUCCCUGGCUAAGGUACCCGAGUGGGUCCCUGGUGCUGGUUUCAAGCACGUAGCACGCGAAUGGCACGAGACCCUCGAAGAGAUGGUCGCUGCACCCUACAAAUUUGUCAAGGAUCAGAUGGCUGCUGGUAUUGCUCCGAAAUCCUUUACCUCGAAUCUGUUAGAAGACCGUAUUUUGUCUGCCGAAGAGGAACACAUCGUGAAGUGGUCCGCUGCAUCCUUGUACUCUGGUGGUGCCGACACGACGGUUUCGGCAAUAUAUUCGUUUUUCCUGGCGAUGACACUCUUCCCCGACGCGCAGAAGAAGGCUCAAGCUGAAAUCGAUGCCGUCGUUGGUCCUGAUCGUCUUCCCUCCUUCAGGGACCGCGACUCCCUCCCCUACACUGAGGCACUCGCAAAGGAAGUUCUACGUUGGAACGCCGUCGUCCCUACCGCCGUUGCUCACCGUGUUAUUGAAGACGACAUCCAUGAUGGGUACUACAUUCCCAAGGGCUCCUUGAUCAUACCCAACGUUUGGUUUAUGCUUAAUGAUCCUCGGACAUAUGCCAACCCCUCGGAGUUCAACCCUGAACGCUUCUUGGCCAAGGAAGGAAAGGAGCCUGAGACCGAUCCUCGCACAAUCUGCUUCGGGUUUGGUAGACGUAUCUGCCCAGGGCUCCACCUCGCCGAUGCAUCUGUCUGGAUGUCUGCCGCUAUGUCGCUUGCCGUAUUUGAUAUCUCCAAGGUUGUUGAGAAUGGUGUCGAGAUCACCCCUGAGAUUGACCCCUCAUCAGGUACAAUCAGCCACCCCAAGCCUUUCAAGUGCUCUAUCAAGCCCCGUUCUGCUCAGUCCCUUGCGCUCAUCCAGGAAGAUGCUUAGUACCUCGGAGAGAUACCCGGAGAACAACGCAGGGAUACAUCCGUUGCCUUGGGUUGCAACUUCAUCUGACAGUGCGUCAUAUUUUGUAUCUUGCACUCAGAGGAUGUGCAAGAUGAUUGGUCGUGUAUUUCGAUAUCGUAUAUUUAUGACAUCUUACUUCAUCUUGUUGGAAUAAUCUACAAUGUGCGAAUGAUAUUUCUGUGAAUUUGCCGUAGUUUAGGUAUCCACGU